GGGAGAGUGCGUGGGGAGAGAGUGUUCUGGAAGGGGCACACCCCUGGGCAGGAGAGGAUAAAACCCGCCGCUCCCCAGUGCCAGCCCAGAACCGCUCCAGCCCCUGCACGGAGCCGAACCGCAGCGCACACCGGGAGCGCACACCGGGAGCAGAGAUGCUUUGCCGCCUGCACUUCAUGCCGCCCGCAUCCAGCUCGCUCUUCCCAUGGCUGGGACCCGUCCGCACCCUUUGGCCACAUCCAGGCACCCUCUUUGCCGAGCUGGAGAGAGAGUUGCGGCUGGAGAUGGAGAGGGCUCGGGAGUUCAUGAGCAGCUUCGAGCAGCUUCUAAGCAGUGGGAGUAGCCCCAGCCGGAUCGGCAUCACCACGGAGCGAGCCCCGAGCGCCAGCGCAGCCCUGACCCAGGGCUCCGGGGACGGCUUCUCCGUCUGCCAGGACGUGAAGGACUUUGCGCCCGAGCAGCUGUCGGUGAAGGUGGUGGGCAGGAAGGUGGUGCUGGUGGGGCAGAAGGAGACACAGAGCACGGAUGACAAGGGCUCCUUCUCCUACAAGUACGAGGUGCUGAAGCGGGAGUGGGACGUCCCCGAGGAGGUGGACGCCGAGGCGCUGAGCUGCUCCCUGUCCAAGGAUGGGCAGCUUCGCAUUGAGGCCCCAAAACUGGCCCUGCCAGCCGCCCCCGAGAGGAACGUGCCCAUCCAGAUGGAGCCAGCGGUGGCACAGCUGGCAGCCAGCACCGACGACGGAGCCGAGCGCGCCAAGGCGUGAUGGGAGCAGCGCAGGGCCGGGCUGAGCCCGGCUACUGGGGCAGCUGCUGGUUGCAGAGCGGGACUGUGAUGGGGACUGCGUGACAGUCUGGUUGGGGGGGCUCUGCCCAAAACAUGUAGCUUUUUUGAUAUGUAAUAAAUAUUAUUGCCUUUUA